AUGUUUCCGACCGUCGCGCCUUUCCCUUCGGUGCAUCCCCAUCACCAUAUGCACCCCUAUCCCACUCACGAUGCAUUAAAUCAAUCUCCCUACGAAGUGAAUGACCCCGGUUUCCCCGCAACGAACGACCCCUCCAAAUCCUUCUAUAAUCAAUCUUUACGAUCACGCCUCCAACUGCCGCAACCCGUUCAACGACUCGAUGCCCGCGAUGCGACGACCUCUGGCUCGAACCCACAUGCUACGGCUGAGCAUGCACUAAGACGGAAGACCCCGAAUGGAACUCUAGCUGCUGGCUACGAUGGCACCCCCGGUGAUACUACGAUCCAACCUGCCACGAAACAUAUAUUGGUCUCACCGAUGGACUCGACCCAAUUUCUGUCUCCUCACAGCGGAACACCGGGAGAUAUGUGGCAGCAGUCCACGGUGGACCACUCGGGACCUAAACACAUGAACUUCCCGCCCGUGUUCAAGAACGACGGUAUCAACUCCAUGGCCUCUGGAGAGUUCGUUCAGGAUGCGAACGGCACUAGCUGGGUGCGUCCUGUCAACUACCCACCAGGCAUCGACUCGGUCUUGAAUCAAAGUUUGCCUUUGCAGGGACCACAACGGUUCAUCAUGCAUAACGGUGCCUACGUCCCAACCGUCCUUCCUGCAACUCUUCAGCAAUGUGUUGGACCGACUGCCUCCGCGGGUACUGGCCCAUAUGGACCAUACUGGCCGGACGGCGUAUAUAUUCCGUAUCGCCCUGCAGCAAUUCGUGAUUCGCGUUUCGGCUCUCCUCAUCCGACUGGCCAACCUUUCUUUGAUAUCAACCAGCCGGUCUUCAACCAACCCCAACCACCCUUGGGCAGUCGUCCAGAUACGUCCUUUGCCUGGGGCCAAUCUGCACCCGGCUUGCCCACGCAAGAUCCUCUCAUGAAACCUAUAUUUCCCCCACGACAUUCGGAUCAAUUACCAUACCAUGCUCGCGUCAAUCGAUCAGUGUCGGGGCUUCCAACGAACCCAUCGAAUACUAAUUCCAUGAAUUGGACUGGUCGUCCCUCGGCAGGACCCGGUUUCCAUGGCUCAGGCCCAGCGGUUACUGGGAACAUUGAGUUCAAGGAGAAGAUACUCUCCUGGGCCCAUGGUGUAUAUGUCGAUCUUCUUGCCACAAUUCAUCAGGCUCGCCGUAAUAGCAUCUCUAACAGCGGUGCUGAUGGCCACGGCCACCGGUUUUUGAAACCGAGUAUAUACCCCAAACCUCCCCGCCAGCCGGGCCUCGAUUUCUCUCAGAACCCCUCCGAUAUUCCCCGCCACAACAGCUACCCAUCAAGUCAAUUUGAUUUACAACGGCAAAAACUUGGCCUGCUAGCUAACCCCAGGAUGAACGAUUCCCACUCCACGUCACUGUCACAAAAUAGCGCCCACGGUCGUCGCCCAUCGUUGAGCCAAUUCUCUCAUCACCAUAGGGGUUCGGACUCGCAGAUGAGAGAUGCUGCUCGAUUCCCAGGAUCUGCAAAUGGAUCUCGGUUCUCGGGGUCUCCGUUCAAUGAAGGCUCCCCUGUCAACAACGCGGGAUCUGCUCUAGAGAUGCUUUCUCAUCUUUGUAUGGAGAGUAAUUGGGAAUGGAUUGAUGGGAUGCUUCUUGGUGGCUGCUUGGCUUACGGAUUGGGCGAUUAUCACAAGGCUAUGCGGUGGUAUUCGAGGAUUAUCGCUCGUGAUUCGACUCACGUGGAAGCCAUCUCCAACCUCGCCGCGACACUGUUGGCGCUUGACCGUCGGGAAGAGGCCUUGCAGAAUUGGUUACGUGCUGUGAAAUUACGACCUAGUUUCUUUGAGGCCGUCGAACAUUUGAUCGGCCUGUUGUGCACCAGUCACCGCGGCAGGGAAGCCGUCAACAUUAUCGAUUUUGUACAAACAUCCCUCCGUCAUCCCAAGGAUGGCGAUUGUUUCAAGGCAGAUGAGCAUGCCAGUGAGCCAGAAAGCGACGCUGAGAGCAACGUGUCUGAUGUCGGCAUGUAUGAUAAGGCAUCAUUCGACUACGAUGACGAUAUGGGCGGGGCCCAUGGCUUGAAUUUGGGUUCCCCCGAUAUGUCCACACCUGCUGGCUUUGCGACCAGCGGGUAUGCUAUCCCUGGCUCAGACAACGGGCGAAUGCUGGCUCUCAUUCAUGCCAAGGGGAACAUGUUGUAUGCCCUUGGUGAUAAUGCGGGGGCUGCGUCUGCUUUCGAGGAUGCCGUUUUGAUUGCUGCUGGGAGAAGGCGGCAUGGUAUCCAGAGCCUUAUCAAGCAGAUCUUUGCUGCCUUCUCGCAUCGACCCAGUAAUGGAUACCAUCAGCCUGAGACGGAGUCCAACGAGAGUGUUCUUCUGUAUCCCGACAGAGCGCUUCAGACUUCCAAACUCGUCUUCCAGUCUAGUGGGACACCACCUGGGCUUAAAUACGUCGCAGAAGGCAUUUCCCGAAACGCUGCCGUGUCCACUACCAGCAACUCGCUCCUUUCCCUGGCAAAAAUUUAUCAGGAUGGAAUGUCCACUGUUUCGUCUGGAGCCCCCAAGUCUGCACCUGGCGUGCGGGAUAUCCUCGCUCUUUACUAUCUGUCUCUCUCCUUGCAACCGAGCCCGUCUACCGCCAACAAUGUUGGUAUCUUGCUGGCUGGUAUCCAAAACAACCCACCAGCUCGGGGGUUGAUUCGCCCCAACGGCGAGAGCCAACAUCCCGAGAUACCUGGCGUUGUGCCCGGCAGUGGUAUCUCCUUGGCAUUGGCAUACUAUAACUACGGACUGCAUCUUGACUCUCGCCAUGCUCACCUGUAUACCAACCUGGGCAGUCUCCUCAAAGACAUUGGCCAACUUCAAGCUGCUAUUAAGAUGUAUGAGCAAGCCGUGCAGUGCGAUGGUAACUUUGACAUAGCGCUGGCCAAUUUGGCCAAUGCCGUCAAGGAUGCUGGCCGUGUCAACGAUGCCAUCUCUUAUUACAAGCGCGCUGUCAAGGUGAAUCCCGACUUUGCUGAGGCAGUGUGUGGUCUGGCGAAUGCGUUGAACUCGGUGUGCAACUGGGUCGGCCGUGGAGGCAUUAUCAAUAGCCGUGGUUUUCGUGAUCGCUGGCACGUGGACGAAAACGGCAUGCUUCGGGAUGCUCACAGUAGCGACUCGGGCGCUGGCUGGAUUAAGAGAGUUGUCGACAUCGUCGACCGGCAAUUGCGUGAAGGCGAAUACUGGGGUCGGGGACUGCUGACCCCAACCACGGCCGAGCAGCUCGUUGCUCAAUUGGCCACUGCAUUGGAUUCGGGUCGCAUGGGAUCUAAUCGCAGGUUGUCCUUGGCUAAGGUUCUUCAGUCUUGGGCUGGCAAGAAAUGGGAAGGGUCUCGCAUUGUCCGUCUGGUCGAGCGUGCCAUUCGCUCAAUCACGUGGCAGUGGUAUCAGGAUCGCUAUGUCUAUGGCAAGGACUAUCCUGCUUCCAAGUACCGUCGACCUCAACUUCCAACAGCUCUCACGGCUCCGAAUGCCCCGACAGUUCUCCCCUUUCACACCUUCACUUGCCCUCUCUCUGCCAAGCAGAUCCGGCAAAUCUCCCAGCGAAAUGGCCUACGCAUCUCAUGCUCGACCCUGCGAUUGCCCUGGCUUCCUGCGACCGUUUAUCGACCACCGUCCCCUCCCAAACCGUACCUUCGAGUUGGCUAUGUGUCAUCGGACUUUAAUAAUCACCCACUGGCUCACCUGAUGCAGUCCGUAUUCGGAUUGCACAAUCCCAACAAGGUGAGGGCUUACUGCUACGCGACAACCGCCAGCGACAAGUCCAUCCACCGCCAACAGAUCGAGAAGGAGGCACCUGUUUUUCAUGACGCCAGCGGAUGGCCCGUUGAUCGACUGGUCCAGCAGAUCGUUGACGACGGAAUCCACAUUCUGAUUAACUUGAACGGCUACACGCGCGGAGCACGUAAUGAAGUCUUCGCCGCUCGGCCUGCGCCCAUACACAUGUCCUUUAUGGGCUUUGCUGGUACCCUCGGUGCAGAGUGGUGCGACUACAUUCUUGCUGACCAGCUCUCCAUUCCGCCGGAAACUCUGAGCCCCGGACGGCGCACCACGCGGAUUGAGGAUCGGAUGCUAGAAGAUGAUAAUGGCGAGGAUCUGGAAGAUUGGGUCUAUGGUGAGAAGAUCGUUUUCACUCGUGAUACGUUCUUUUGCUGCGACCAUCGACAGAGUGCACCGGAUGCGGGGGAGCGCCCGCUCUCUUGGGAUGAAGAGCAGAUGCGCCGCUGGCGGAUGCGUAAGGAGCUAUUUCCUCAGCUGAGCGAUGAUACGAUCAUCCUGGGGAACUUCAAUCAGCUGUACAAGAUUGAACCCACUACAUUUCGAACGUGGCUGCGUAUUUUAGCGCGCAUUCCCAACUCUAUUCUCUGGCUCCUGCGGUUCCCAGAGACGGGUGAGCAGAAUCUUAGGGAAACUGCCAAGGCAUGGGCUGGUGAAGAAACGGCUUCUCGGAUCAUCUUCACUGAUGUGGCACCGAAAAACGCGCACAUUGCGCGGGCCAAAGUUCUAGAUCUCUUCCUGGAUACCCCCGAAUGCAAUGCGCAUACAACAGCGACCGACGUUCUCUGGAGUGGAACUCCGCUGCUCACGCUGCCGCGGUACAAGUACAAGAUGUGUUCGCGAAUGGCAAGCAGUAUCCUGAGCAGCGCUCUACCAAGCGGCGAAAUGGGCCACCGAGCCCGGGAGGAGCUCAUUGCGUCUUCGGACGAUGACUACGAGAACAAAGCAAUCCGGCUGUGCAUGGAUCUGCAAUACAUGCCUGGUGGCGAAGGCCGCGCGCGCGGCCGACUGGCCGACAUUCGACAGAUGCUGUUUCUACAGCGAUAUAAGAACAAGCUAUUUGACACGGCGCGCUGGGUGCGUGACCUGGAAGAUGCUUACGAGGCGGUGUGGGCGCAAUGGGUGAAUGGCGAAGAAGGCGAUAUCUGGUUAUGA